UUAGCGCCCCUAAAUGAACUGCUCUUCCACUGUAUUAGGUAAGACAUCAUACACAUCGUUUUUUUAUGUGAUGCCUGGACGCGGCAAGCAGGGCGGCAAGGUUCGCGCCAAGGCCAAGACCCGCUCGUCCCGGGCCGGCCUGCAGUUCCCCGUGGGCCGCGUGCACCGGCUGCUCCGCAAGGGCAACUACUCGGAGCGGGUGGGCGCCGGCGCCCCGGUCUACCUGGCGGCCGUGCUGGAGUACCUGACGGCCGAGAUCCUGGAGCUGGCUGGCAACGCGGCCCGCGACAACAAGAAGACGCGCAUCAUCCCGCGCCACCUGCAGCUGGCCAUCCGCAACGACGAGGAGCUCAACAAGCUGCUGGGCCGCGUCACCAUCGCGCAGGGCGGCGUCCUGCCCAACAUCCAGGCGGUGCUGCUGCCCAAGAAGACCGAGAGCCACCACAAGGCCCAGUGAGCAGUGUAGUUUUCAAGAGUUCUUAGAAAAAAAGACUUUUCAGAACUCCGUUCUUUACUCAAAAAAAAAAAAAAAAAAAAAAACGCUUUGAUUUGUGAUUAACUCAUUUUUGGAACAGUUUCAAGAUGAGCUUUACUUUCAUUUUGUUCCAUUGAGUUAUUGUCUAGAAGCCCCCGCCCAACCUGACUUCCUGGUUUCCGGUGAUCACUUUGAGAUUGUAGGCUUACCUGACCAGUGCCUUACUCAGAUUAGCUCUCUUGCUCCUCAAGCGAUGCCAGAUUGAACACGGAUUAGACUUCCUGUGGAGUACUGUGUCGUACCAGUCUCGAGGUCCUGCAAGGUAGAACUCUGCCAAAGGUGGCCUCGGCACUGUUUUGCUCUUUACUGCUUUUUAUUCCUGGAGCAUCACAUCUAAGUAACAGUUUUCUGCAGUCUUCAUUUUUGUUCGAGUAAAAUUCAGCUAAUGGCCCAGUAUAGAGCCAGGAAGCCUUAAACAGUUGCACUGAACACUUGAAUUCAAUCCCAUGAGCCCUCGUGGAAGGAGAAAAUCAACCCCUGCAGGUUGUCCUCUGGCUUUCACAUAUGCAUACCCCACCCGUACAAUAGUAAUUAAGAAUAGGUAUGUAUUUUUAAAGGAAGUAAGCAAUAUUAGCUUAGCUCUGUUUUUGACUUAACCCCUGAUUACCUCUGCCUCUGUUUAUGACUCAGCCUGGAAAUAAAAUGGAACUGGAGUUACAGGUAGGGAGAGGUUGGAUGAAGAUCUAUUAACAUGUCCUUUGGGAAACACAACUUAUAUUUUCUGUAGUGAUACAGUAUCCGUGUAUAUGAUUGUGCUGCUGUGACACCAAAAUGAAAUUUCACAAGCCAGGUAUGGAGUGGCUCACACCUGUAAGUAACAUCAUGCUGUUUGAGGCAGUGGGAUUGCUGAGUUUGAAGAAGCCAAAGGCUGACGAAGUAGGAUUGCUAUUUGAGAGACAGUUCAUUUCACCCUUGGAUGCCACGAGUAUAGUGUCUGAGCUACAGAAACAACCUAGUGAGGAGAAACACAAAAGUGAGUCAGUAACCUAAGAGGGGUGAAGAAGAAGGGUACAGUCUUGGGGGACAGGGAGCAUGGUGGUUUGAAAGAAUAAAACCUAUGGAAGGUAGCUUCUGCUCUGGAGAUUAAGGGGAACUAUUAUCAAAGGGUCGUACGGGGACCCUGCAGAGGAUGCCCACAAGCACGGUUCGUGGUAGAUAUGAAGUAGGCAAAUUAGAAAGUUUGAUGUUGACAAUAAAGCAAAAGCUACAAGAGAUAGCCCUCUCCUUUAGUUUUAAAUAUUUCUGAUAUACUACUGAAUUCCAGUCUUGAUGUCUGUCUGGGACGUACCCCCUCUAUGUGACCCCUGGCCUGAUGUCAAGAUUUCUUGUAUGAAAACAAAAAAGAAAAAAGAAAGAAAAGAAAAGGCCGGGCGUGGU